CUAUCCUAUCCUAUCCUAUCCUAUCCUAUCCUAUCCUAUCCUAUCCUAUCCUAUCCUAUCCUAUCCUAUCCCAUCCCAUCCCAUCCCAUCCCAUCCCAUCCUAUCCCGCCCGUCACUUGACUUGGCGGUCGUUUGUGACAGACCGACGCCACUUGUUCAUCAGCUGAUGCGCCACAGCCGCGUGUGCGCGUGGACGCGUAGUUAAAAUUGAAGGCCGGCGCGCGCUCACGGUCGCGCCCACCGGUCCUCGUCAUGCCUCCGCUGGAGAGGAGCCAGCAGCUGCACAGCAAACCCUUCAAGCAGAGGAAAAGCUUCGCCACCAGGAAGCAAGAAGUGGCGGGAAUACGCUCGAAAUUCCCCAACAAGAUCCCGGUCAUCAUCGAGCGCUACGAGCGGGAAAAGUUUCUCCCUCCUUUGGACAAAACAAAGUUUCUUGUUCCACAUGAGCUCACCAUGAACCAAUUUGUCACCAUCAUCAGGAACCGCAUGGCGCUGCUGCCCACGCAAGCUUUCUACCUGCUGGUGAACAACAGCGGGCUGGCCAGCAUGACGCUGAGCAUGGCUCAGGUCUACGAGGACCACCAGGAUGACGACGGUUUCCUCUACAUGACCUACGCCUCCCAGGAGAUGUUUGGACACAUUUAGCACAGUCUCAAGCCCCUGUGUCAGUGUGUAUACAAACGUUUUGUGUAUUUUAAUAAAUAAAUCUUAUGUAUAUGUCAGCACCUUUUGCAUCUGUAGCAAUCUCUUAAAAAGAUUAAAUUCACAAUGAUUGUCAUACA